UGGAAUGUAGUUGCCAUUAGUGGGAGUUGAACUGAGGCUGGCUAACAGCUAGCCUGCUAUGUUGAGCUGCUGAGUUGGAGACGUAGAGGAUAGUGAUGAAAACAUGCCUCACUUCACAGUGGUACCGGUGAAGGAUCAAACUCAGGACAGAUAUGACAGCCUAGAGGGGAUCAACUGGGUGGAUUACAGGGACACUGGGCAGGACUUCCCUGACCAUCAGGACACUGUCAGCUCUGAUGGACAUGGGAAUCAUAAGGAAGACAGUCCAUUUCUCAACAGUGCUGAUGCUAGCAAGAAGAAUGACUUCUAUGACAAGAACCUGGCUUUGUUUGAGGAAGAGCUGGACAUCCGGCCGAAAGUCUCGUCUUUGCUCAGCCGCUUGGUCAGCUACACCAACAUCACCCAGGGAGCGAAGGAGCACGAAGAGGAGGAGAGCGCUGGGGCCUCCCGCAGGAAGACCCCCAAGUCUCCCAACAUGGGCACUCUGAUGGGAGUCUACCUGCCGUGUCUCCAAAACAUCUUCGGUGUUAUUCUCUUCCUCCGACUGACGUGGAUUGUAGGGAUGGCUGGCAUCAUGCAGUCACUCCUGAUUGUCCUCAUGUGCUGCUCUUGUACGAUGCUCACGGCCAUAUCAAUGAGUGCCAUUGCUACGAAUGGUGUUGUCCCAGCUGGAGGGGCAUACUUCAUGAUCUCACGCUCCCUUGGCCCUGAGUUUGGAGGAGCUGUGGGCCUGUGCUUCUACUUGGGAACCACCUUUGCCUCUGCCAUGUACAUACUGGGGGCCGUGGAAAUCUUCUUGAAAUAUCUGGUCCCACAGGCGGCCAUAUUUCACGCCACAGACUCCCUUGGGAGUGACAGUGCCAUGCUGAACAACAUGCGAGUGUACGGCUCUAUCUGCCUCAGUCUGAUGGCUGUGGUGGUUUUUGUCGGAGUCAAAUAUGUCAACAAGCUGGCCUCUCUUUUCCUGGCCUGCGUCAUUAUCUCAAUUGUCUCCAUUUAUGCUGGGGCAUUAAAAUCCACGAGUCAUCCCCCAGAGUUCACGAUCUGCAUGCUGGGAAACAGGACCUUGGUGAGAGACCGCUUUGAUGUGUGUGCUAAAACGGUGACAAAGGGCAACAUGACGGUGCCCAGUCAGCUUUGGGACAGGUUCUGUCUGCCGGGGAACAUGAGCAGCCCGCAGUGUGACGACUACUUCCUCCAGAACAAUUUGACUGAGAUACAGGGCAUUCCCGGACUGGGCAGUGGGAUUAUUAAAGAAAACAUGUGGGGCGACUACCAAAGGAAGGGGCAGAUCCUAGAGAAAGUGGGGCUAGAGUCAGUGGAGACCCAUGCUGCCACGGACAACUUUGGCAUGUACGUGUCAGCAGACAUCGCUACAUCGUUCACGCUUCUGGUGGGGAUCUUCUUCCCGUCUGCCACAGGUAUCAUGGCAGGGUCCAACAGAUCUGGUGAUCUCAAGGACGCUCAAAAGUCCAUCCCUGUGGGAACCAUAUUAGCCAUUACGACUACUUCUCUUGUUUAUAUCAGUUCUGUGGUUCUGUUUGGCUCCUGUAUCGAAGGAGUGGUCCUCAGGGACAAGUUUGGGGAUGCUGUUCAUAAAACCCUGGUGGUGGGUACGCUCUCCUGGCCGUCUCCGUGGGUUAUUGUGAUUGGCUCCUUCUUCUCUACGGUUGGCGCCGGUCUGCAGUCCCUCACCGGGGCCCCGCGUCUCCUGCAGGCUAUUGCCAAGGAUAACAUCAUUCCUUUCCUCCGGGUGUUCGGUCAUGGAAAGACCAAUGGAGAGCCCACAUGGGCCUUACUACUGACGGGUCUCAUCGCUGAGUUGGGCAUCCUUAUUGCCUCACUGGACAUGGUGGCUCCUAUCCUUUCCAUGUUCUUCUUGAUGUGCUACCUCUUUGUGAACUUAGCAUGUGCAGUUCAGACUCUUUUACGCACACCCAACUGGAGGCCAAGGUUCAAAUAUUAUCACUGGGCUCUGUCCUUCCUUGGCAUGAGUAUGUGUCUGGCUCUGAUGUUCAUCUCCUCCUGGUACUAUGCUAUUGUGGCCAUGGUCAUCGCUGGGAUGAUCUACAAGUACAUAGAGUUUCAAGGAGCAGAGAAGGAGUGGGGAGAUGGUAUAAGAGGACUGUCCCUCAGCGCUGCACGAUAUGCCCUGCUGAGACUGGAGGUUGGACCCCCACACACCAAGAACUGGAGACCUCAGCUGCUUGUGCUGCUGAAGCUGGAUGAAGACCUCCACGUGAAAUACCCUCGUCUGCUCACCUUUGCCUCGCAGCUGAAGGCGGGAAAGGGUCUGACCAUCGUGGGCUCGGUGGUCCAGGGCAACUUCCUGGACAGCUAUGGGGAAAUGCAGGCAGCUGAGCAGGCCAUUAAGCAUAUGAUGGAGAUAGAGCGAGUGAAGGGCUUCUGUCAGAUCGUGGUGGCCUCUAAGGUGCGGGACGGCAUAAUGCACCUGAUCCAGUCCUGUGGUCUGGGGGGGAUGAAGCACAACACUGUGGUGAUGGGCUGGCCCUACGGCUGGAGACAGAGCGAGGACCCUCGUGCCUGGAAGACUUUUAUCAACACAGUCCGCUGCACCACAGCUGCUCACCUCGCCUUGAUGGUGCCCAAAAAUGUCUCCUUCUACCCCAGCAACCAUGAACGCUUCACCGAUGGCAACAUUGACGUUUGGUGGAUCGUCCAUGAUGGCGGGAUGCUAAUGCUACUGCCUUUCCUGCUCAAACUGCAUAAAGUUUGGAGGAAGUGCAGGAUGCGCAUCUUCACUGUGGCCCAGAUGGAUGACAACAGCAUCCAGAUGAAGAAAGAUCUGGCCACGUUCCUUUACCAGCUGAGAAUAGAGGCGGAGGUGGAGGUGGUGGAGAUGCAUGACAGCGACAUCUCAGCGUACACCUACGAGCGAACGUUAAUGAUGGAGCAGAGGUCCCAGAUGUUGAGACAAAUGAGGCUGUCCAGUGCAGAAAGAGAAAGAGAGGCCCAGCUGGUGAAGGACAGACACUCUUUGGUGCGUAUGGGAAGUCUAUACUCAGAUGAGGAAGAGGAAGUGGUGGAGACUCCUCCAGAGAAGGUUCAGAUGACAUGGACACGAGAGAAGUGUGAGGCUGAGAGGAGGAACAGGAAAAACGCACCUGAGAACUUCAGAGAACUCAUGAGCCUCAAACCGGAUCAGUCCAAUGUGCGGAGAAUGCACACAGCUGUGAAGCUGAACGAGGUGAUAGUCAACCGGUCUCACGAUGCUCGAUUAGUGCUGCUCAACAUGCCGGGGCCACCUCGGGACACAGAUGGAGAUGAAAACUAUAUGGAGUUUCUGGAGGUGCUGACUGAAGGCUUGGAAAGAGUGCUGCUGGUCCGAGGCGGAGGUCGAGAAGUUAUCACCAUCUAUUCAUGAUCAAGUAUUAGCUGCUACUCAUCAGGAUACAUUCCACCUCUGGACCGGAGGCAGCAGCUGCUUUUCUGCCAAACAUUUCUCUGUACAUGAUUGGUUUUAUUCCAUUUUUAUAGAGUAUUUGGACACACUUGUGUACAUAUCCACCGGUUGUUCACGAUCGCCAUUCUUUACACAUGAAAGCUGUUAUUUUUCUCAAACAGAAAUCAAUGCUUGUGUCAAAUACAAAACUUUAGAUAAUUUAAUCGUAUUUAUGUCACAAAUUCAUCCUCAUAUAUGAUAAUAAUCCUUAUUAUCCUGAGUAAAACACAAGUUGGAAGAACAGUUUAAUACUUUGCCAGAUUUCUCAUUCUGAAACAGCUCUUCGAUUAUCGUGGAAGCACAACUCUAUUUAUUUAUUUAUUUUUGCAACAUUUCCCCACUGAGGUAUUACAUAUGUUACUGUGGAUAUUGAACACGGCGUUUGACGUUGGUUGUGCUGUAAGGCAGAGAUCAUGAAACAGGUUUCUAAAGAGUAAUAAUUUAUGACUUUUUGUUGGAAAGAUGUUUGUGUUGAUAUGAGAGAUGUUUACUUUUGAACUGUUACGUUUUUCUACAAACUUAAAAAGCAAUUCAGAUCAAGAGGCUUUCACACCCUUUUGUGUUUAAUGUGUCUUAUUUUUUAGUAUUUUCUAAUGAGCUACGUACAAGCAGUAUUACAGGCCAGCAGUGUAGAAAUCAACUGUUUAUUUUUAUGUGGGAUAAAUAAUCUGUACAAGGCGAGUGUUUUAUAUGUUACGGAUCAAGCAUGACAAUUAUACAGUUGUAAAAAAAACAAACCACAAAAUGCUAGGAAUUUCUCUUCCCUUCACUUCAAUAAAUAUCUCUUUUUCCAAGAAAACCAUAGAGUUGAUUAUUCCCACUUAAACCAUUGUCCCUCACCAGCAAUUCAAAUAUGUUUUCAGCAAUUCAAAUGUGGACACAAUAAACUUUCUUCAUUUUAUUGAGAAAGGCAGUAUUUUAGAAAAGCUAUGAUUGUUUAUUUUUUGACCAAGCUCUUACAUAAACUGAUUAUCUUCCACAUGAUGUAUAAGAUAGAAAAACACAUUCAUAUAUUUCUUUAACAGCUUUCUGAUUGGCCACAGGGUAGUAUAGCUCACUUUUAAAUACAGAACCCCGUACAUCUCCAAAACAUCUUAUGCUUUAAGAUCAAAUACAAUUAGCAUUUAUAAACUGUUCCCACAGCUUUUUUUAAUUGCUGCACAAAAAAAAGUUCAUAUAAAAAUAAAGAUUUCAUACAACUUA